CCCUCCAACAUCACUAAAAAGCUCCUCCACAGAGAAGCCCUAUUUUAUGGCCUCCUCGAUCAUGUCCGGACCGCGAAAUGGGGCCAAUUCGAUGGAAACAGGCUCCGAUUUUCAUAGUCUGUGAUGGGCCAAGCACUUGGCGACGGCAUGGCCAUUCGGGCCGGCCCAGAUGGCAGGUGCUGUGUAGUACAUGGUAGUAUGGUACAUGUCUAUGAUUGGAUGCUAGAAGAGCAUUCCCUAAUCAAUCUUGACUACCAGAGAGUUAAUGAUGUCGGUUGGAUCGAUUCAGAGACUGUUGUGGUCACCGCGUGUGAGCGGUUAGGCCGCGGCGGUGGCGGGAUGGGUUUGUUUAGUGCAGGAACAAGGGAGCUCAGGCAUAGAUUUCAAGUCACUCAUGAUGAUCAAGUGAAAAGCUAUACAGCUGGUGCUUUGAGUUUUAGCUCAGAUUACAAUAUUUUUAGUAGUUGUAAAGGUAGGAGCAAUGAGUAUGGGAUUGGUGUUUGGGACCAAAUCACUGGAGAAUAGAUUGGUUUUUACUAUGAGCCAAUUGGAUGGUCACUUGGUGAGGCUGAUAGGCUGCAAUUUUUACAUGGCAAUAACUGUUUGUUAGUUGCAACUCUGUUUCCUAGGAACAACAAUUGUUACAUUAGUCUGUUGGAUUUUAGGGAUAAAAGUAUGGUUUGGUCUUGGUCUGAUGUUGGAGCUCCGACAACCGAUGAGAGACGGGUCCGGGACGCUAUAGUAAUGUAGGAGACCAGAUCGAUCUGCGUGGUGAAUGAGUAGCAUUAUCCAUAUUUGCUUUUUGAAUUUUUUAAAAUUAUUUUUGAGUUUUUUAUUUUUCAUCUUUUGUUAUUGUUAGUAAAAAAAUUUAUAUUUUAGUCAAUUUUUAAUGAACUUUUCCGUA